UUCAGCAUCUGAGAGUGAAUAUGAUAGUGAGGGUUGGGGUGAACAGGAGACGAGUGCGUGACAUCAGGGCCCUGACAGUGGGCAUUCAAGUCAUACUGAUGGGCAGUCCCAGGAAAUGAGCCAGGAAGCAGAGUCGUUGUGGAAAGCAGGUGGUGGGGGACACGCUGUCAGAUGGAAGGCUGGAUCCUUUGGCUGGAUGUUCAGCGAGAUCAGAUGCUGUACGGAAUCGCUAGACUUCGUACGUAGUGCCAGCGGCAGACUUCUGACAGCCAGCAUGUCUUUCCUGAAGGCCAUAUGGAGGGGCCACUCCAAACACAAAAAAUUGAGUGAAGAAUGGGCUCUUGCAAGUAACAAGGACUGUGAAUCACAGCUUCUAACAGAUGGUGUCACAUUCAUGGUCAAAUAUUUGGGGAGUGUAUUAGUAGAAGCUCCUAGUAACGAUGAAGCUACUGCGGAAGCCAUAGACACUAUCAUGACUAUGGUCAAUGUAAGUGGAAAGAAACUACAGAGAGUAGAAUUGUCAGUGGACCUCCAUGGUAUAAAAGUCGUUGAUCUGGGCACGGAAGAUACACAUCUUGAGGUUUCUAUAUACAGGAUUUCUAAUUGCUCUGCUGAUGCUGCACAUGAUCGUGUUUUUGCUUUCAUUGCUAAAAACACCAAUGAGACAAUGGAGUGUCAUGCAUUUCUUUGUCAUAAAAGAAAAAUUGCACAAACAAUCACAUUAACAGUGGCACAAUCCUUCAAUACAGCCUAUGAAUUAUGGCAAAUAUCACAAGAGACCUCCUGUCUGAGGAAUCAAGAACUUAGGUCAUGUCAUGAAGUGAAGAAAAUAUCAAGUUCGCACAACAAAAUUAAAGACAGUAGUAGUAAUCUUCAGCACAUGAGUGAAAGUAAGACCUUAUUAAUUGAUCUGUCACCAGAAUCAGAGACAUUGACUGAAAAUGGAAACUCCUGGGUUUGCUUCGAUGAUGACAGGUCUGAGAACUUAAACUCUAACUUUACAAGAAUAACAAGUAGUCUGACACAAAAGCAGAACCCAGUUAUCAAUUCUCCACAGCACCAUCUGCACAUCCUUGCCAGCAGUAAUGGUCAAAGCAGUAAUGUGACUAGUGGAUGGGAAGACAAUCACUCCAGCAAUUUUCCCUGGUCUUAGCAGCAUCCAUCUCAGGUUGGCUCACUUUAUCCACCAAAUGAUGUCACAUU